GACACUGUGAAUUCUAUUUAAUCACAUUAGCUAAUAUAUAUAUCAUUAAGUAUCACGAAAUAAAUGUAAGAAAUUUACAUAAAAGCAGAACUUCGUCGUUUCGUACUGAUAGUUGAUAAAACAGGAGCUGCGAGUGGCGGAAUUUAGUUUGGCCGAGAGUUUUUUUUUGCAUGUACUGUUUUCACUGAUCUGGCAGGUCAAUGUUCAUGUAUGAUUUUUGUCUAAAUUAUCUUAGUGGAAUAGUACGCACAUACUAAUUAAGUACCAUGGCUCAACAGCAUCAGCAAGAAGUAAAAAAGCCUAGAUAUCGUUUCCAAAGCGAGAUUCAACAAAUGAUGUUUGUCUUUGGCGAAGUAUCCGAUCCGUUACAAGAAUCGACACUGCUAGUUGAGGAUAUUGUACGCUCACAAGUGAUAGAAAUUAUCAUUCAAGCUGCUGCUCAAGCUAAUCGGCGGAACUCUCGCUACCUAAGUGCCGAGGAUCUUAUCUUCCUUAUGCGGCAUGAUCGUGCGAAAGUAAAUCGUUUACGUUCGUUUCUUAGUUGGAAGGACGUACGAAAAAAUGCUAAAGAUGCCUCUGGUGAUCAAGUAGAAGACGUAGUGGAGGAGACGAAUACGGGUAAAAUUCACCGUAGUAUCAUCAAAUUACCAUGGGAACUUGUAAACCAAUUUACAGAUGUAAUUGUCAAGACGAUAAACAGUAGUGGAGGGACAGCUGGUACUACUACCAUAGAUGAAGAGUCCGAGGAUGAGGAUGAAAUAGAAGCAUACAAUGAUUCAAUUCAGCGUUUAAAAGAAGCGGACGAAGUUACGAGAGCCAUGACACGCGAAGAGUAUGUACACUACUCAGAGUGUCGCCAAGCUUCUUUCACUUAUCGCAAAAGCAAACGGUUUCGGGAUUGGUCCAAUAUGAGUGCGUAUGUUGAGGUGAAACCUAACGAUGAUAUAGUGGAUAGUUUAGGGUUUUUGACGUAUGAGAUGGUCUCAAAAUUGACAACUACAGCGAUUAAGAUCAAGAGAGAUUUAAUGGUGGCAGAAGGAAAGAAAGAAGAAGAGCAGCAUGUAGGAUUAGGGGCUAGUACAAGUUCACAGAAAAAGAGAAAACGAGAUGAGAUGGAGGAGAAUAUUACCUCGACGACAACCCCCGCACCGGCAAUUACAGUAACUUCUGAUGGUGAUGCUGGAACGUCCGCACAAUUAUCAACCCAAACAUCCACGGUCUCAUCCUCGUCAUCAUCAACUGAGCUAAAUCGAGAAAUAGUCGAUAGUUAUGAAGAUAAUCUGGAUUCCCCACAGUCACCGCAGUUGGAUAAUAGAGGUCUUUUUGCAUUACCGCCUACUGAACAAACACCGUUAUCAGCUGAACAUAUCUUGGAAGCAUUUAGGAGACUCCAGCAAGUUCCUCAACCAGCCAAGAACUUUAGAGGUGGUCUGGUUAGAACACGUAUAUCACUGAUUUAGCCCUCUGCACCAUUUGUGUUCAUUUUUUCUAAGGAAUAAAUUACCCUUAAC